UUAUGGUCAUUACGUCAAUUACGUCUUUUAUCAUAAAAAGUGUUUUUUUGUAUAAAUAACGUAAAGAAUUACCUUAAAAUAUGCGGAGAAGAAAAGAAGACAGCGACCCAAUUGCAAAAUUGGGAGAACAAAUUAGAAGAAAGGAUAUGUUCACGUUCAAGGUCAAGUGCGGCGUCGUCUCAUCGACAUGGCCGAUAUGACCGGCCGCGUUAUACUUACAGGUCGAGAUCGAGAUCACGAUCUUGGACCUAUUCUAGGUCUACAUCAAGAUCCCUAUCUCCGCCGCCGAGAAGUAGAUCUCGUUCGGCAUCAAAAAGUAGAUCUCGAUCGCCCAUAAUAGUUAUAGAAACUGCGGACGAUCUCUCUUGUGAACCGGAGAAAGCAGCGCCAGAGAAGGAAGAUUUAGUACAAAAUUCCGAUAAGAAAAAAGUGCUUAUUCAUUUUUCAGCAAUUGAAGAUAUUAGUGAUAACAUCUUAGCCUUGCUCGGGGAUGCACCAGAAGAGGUUGCAUUUGGUCCAAACCUUCUUGGACAGGUUGCUUCUCGUUGGCAAGAUAUAAUUAAGAAAGGUAUGAAUAAAGAUGACAGAGACAAGAUUAUGAAAAAAUAUCCCGCUCCAGAUAACUGCAAAAUUAUUGGAGCCCCCAAAAUGAAUUUAGAGGCUCAAGUUGCAGCGGGCGAGACUCUUGUUCACAGGGACAAGGCGAUCGAAAUGAAGCAGAAUGAAGUUUCUUGUGCCCUGACCGCGAUUGGUCUAGCCCUUAACAAGUUGUGCUUGGUACCUGGUAAUGAGGAGGUUAUUAUGUUCCUGAGCGACUCUGCCCGUCUCUUGUGUGAUUACCAACACAGGGAAUCCCAACUAAGGAAGAUGUUCAUAAUAUCGGGUCUUGAAAACAAAACCGCACGCGACACUUUACGAGAUUGUGAGGUAGACCAGUGGCUUUUCGGAGAAAACUUAGCUGAAAAAUUAAAGGCUUCUAAAGCGAUUGAACAAUCUAGCAAAGACCUAAAAAACACAAAAAGACCGAAGAAGAUACAACCCAGUAAUUUAAACUUCAAAGGCCCGACCAACAACACACACAAACCCAGAGCCCGAGGUCAUCAGAAGCAAUACCACAGGAAACCGAACAACACUUCUUCUGCCAAGCCACACCAUCAGCAGAAGCGUCGCACUCACCGACAUUACAACAGCCGCCGUUAAAUGAUCAGCAACCAGCGGUUUCAACGGCGUCUUAUCCUGGUUGCCGCGGUGCUAUCCGGAAAGCGCUAUCUAUGAGGGGCGUGUCGUCUGGUGCGGCCGAAAUUAUGUUGGAAUCCCUUGCGCCCAACACCGUCAAGCAGUAUGACACGUACUUGAAACGCUGGUAUAUGUAUUGUGGAACAAAUCAUAUUGAUUAUUUUAAGGCUUCUAUUCCGGAAGUGCUUGCUUUUUUAACAGAAUUGUGUAGUGAUGGAGCCGGGUAUGGAAGUAUCAAUAGUUGUAAAUCUGCCCUGGUGCUUCUAUUAGGAAAUAAGAUCUCGUCAGAUGAUAGGGUGAAACGAUUUAUGAAGGGCGUUUUUCGAUUAAACCCGCCACAACCUAAAUAUAGUGUAACCUGGGAUCCUCAAUUAGUAUUGAAUCAUUUGUCAAAAAUGUCACCUAAUAAAAAUCUGUCUUUGGAAAAUUUAAGCAAAAAAUUAGUAACUCUAUUAGCUAUUGUUACUGCACACAGAGUGCAAACCCUGUCUUUGAUAAAAUUAUCAAACAUCUACCAUUAUUCUGAUAAAAUUCUUAUCAAAAUUUCAGACUUGAUCAAAACUUCCAGAGCGGGUUCAUAUCAACCCGUGCUAUCUUUACCUUUUUUCAAAGAAAAACCUGAUAUUUGCCCAGGUCAAGCAUUGUUAGACUAUAUUAACAUGACGAAGGAUAUUCGUGGUGGUUGUGAGCGAUUAUUUAUCGCCUUCAAAAAACCCCAUAAAGAGAUCACUUCCCAAACAAUUAGUAGAUGGAUUAAGAAUAUGCUAAAAGAUAGUGGUAUUGAUACCUCCAUUUUCGCCUCCCAUUCAACUCGCCAUGCAUCGGUGUCAGCCGCAGAUCGUUUGGGAGUGAAUAUCGAUGUAAUUAGAAAAACAGCAGGUUGGAGUGGCACUUCCAAAGUUUUUGCUAAAUUUUAUAAUAGGCCCAUAGCGCCAAAUAUUGAUUUUGCAAGAUCCUUAGUUUCUGAUUAAUUAGAAAUAAGUAUUCAAAAUUGUCAUAUGUCUUAAGCAGCAACGCACCGUCAUGUGUUGCUAUAGUUGUUGAUUUUGUUAGAACAGCCCAUGCUGUCUCUGCUAAUUGUUGUAGUUUUAUACAAAUUUAAGUUUUUUAAAUAGUACUAAUUGAGUAUUAAGAAGGAACAAAUUAUCUUUUGUUUCAUUUGACUAUAAUUAUGAGAGUCAAGUUUAGUAAAUGUUGAUCUCACUGGAUCUCUUGAGAUAGUUAUAAGAGUUACCUAAAUACAUGGUUGAUGAUACCUAAACAGUUACGUUUUAAGUAAAGCAAUGGUUUGCUAAUUAUUGAUUGUAAUGCAAAGCCAAAAAUAAACUUUAAAUAUCUCUAAACAUCUACAUAGUUAUUAUCAUUGAAGAAAUUUGUGCAGCGUAAUAAUAAUUGGAAAUUAAACGAACUUACCUGUAAGUGAAGUUCUAUUUCAAUUAUAUUAGCUGCACAAAUUUCGAAAUGAUAACCCAUCCCGCCCACUACCCGCGUUGUCCUGAGACAACCAGGGAUUCUAAUAGUGUAAAAAUCCCUGUCAAAGUUUAAGAUAAUAUUGGCUUUGCUGAGUUGUGAGCCAAGCUGUCACAUCUGCUGACAUAUUCACUGCCAGCGCGUGCUGCUGGCGAAGCUAUGUGUAUAUGCGAUAACAUGUGUUUUUCCGCCUUGUAGUGACAAGCGCUUAAGAACAGAGAGCCCGCCUAGCUGUCACUGGCAGUGAAUAGUGUUAUAACUUGGCUUGUUACUCUAAACUAAAUGAGGUUGGUAGACUUGGUAGCAGCGUCGUGCGCGCGCCCGCGCAGACAGUGCGUUCAGAAAUAUUAUAAAAAUUUUAAAAUUCUCGUUGAGAAAUUUUAACUUUAUACUCUAAAUACCAUGGCCAGAAGCUGUAUGAGUACGGCGUACUACAUAGU